GGAUUUACUUACACAAUAAUAAUAUAAUACAUUACACAUAAUAAUAUACCCUCCCUCUUUUAAAACCCUUCUAUAUCAUAUACCUGAUUUAUAAUUAUACACUAUACAUCUUACAUAAAAGAAAAAAAAAACAAUAAUAAUAACAACAAGGGAAAAGAAAAGAAAGGAACCGAACAACUUCAAUUCUUAAUAACCCUCAUGUUUCGACAACAACUGAGUCAUCUAACCAAGCUGACCACCUCAACCCUCAAAUAUGCUUCUACGAACACAGUCACCCUCCUAUCGAUGGCAACAUCGACAGAGGACCCAAUGCCAUCUCAAGCACUCAUUAACUUUUGGAUUCAAGAAACUCAAAGAGGCCUGGAUGCUUUCUUUGAUGAUCAGUUUGAAACUGCCCAGAUUAUUUUUGUCCAACAUGUUACAGAGUCACCAUUCCAUGCUGUCGGGUAUGCGAUGAUUGCCUAUGUCGAGGCCAUGCUUGGAUUUGAACCCGAAAAGAUCGCCAAUGCACUUCAACUCAUUCACACAGCAGAAGCCAUGGCCAGGCAAUUUGGUAAACGAGCAAGACGACGAAGUUGGAAAUCCAAAGGAUCUACUACAGCAGAUGAUCAGGAAUCAUCAAAUUCUAUUUCUGAAUCAUGCAAGGAUUCUGCCCAAAAGAAGAGAUAUUUUUCGAGUCGGAAUGAUCAGCCAAUUGACAUUCAGUAUGUCUUAUUGGAAACAAAUUGCAUGCUAAUGUCGGCCACAAUCCAAUUCUUAAGGAGUAGCUGGAUCGAGUACAUGAAAGCAGCAUACAAGUUAAGAAAGGCCUACAAGAUGUAUGAGCAUUUAUUUGAAACUCUUACUGGCCAAAAAGUACUCGAAUAUGCUGCAAACCUAAAGGGUCUACGACAGCAGAAAUUAGGACCCAAUUUUGUACCUGCACGACGACGUAGUGAUGCACAGGGGACUGAACCAGCCAAUACAGACACAGUAUCCCUUUCAAGUGUCAUGACAACCCCUGCACCACAUUUGUGGACAGAGAAACGUUUUGGAGUAUUCCGACAUCGCAAGUCCAACACUGAUCUUGGCCCAUUGAAUCGGAAAAAAAAGUCAGAAAGCAGCUCAAGGAAGCAAUCAAGUGAUCCAGGCGAGACAGCAAUUGAGAGUGGUAUUUUCUUUGGAAUUGGGUUAUUCAGUCUUAUUUUUUCAUUAUUACCACCCAAAGUCAACAAGAUUCUCAACACACUUGGGUUCCACUCUUCGCGCCCUUUUGCUAUCCAUCUCUUGCAGGAAUCGUAUUAUUCACAGGGCCUCUAUUCUUCCUUAAGCGCACUUACUCUUCUAGCCUAUUACACCAACCUUUCGUUAUUUAUUCAUCCUCAACUACUACCACGAUCAUUUAGUCUCGAAAAUGCACGGAUUAUCCUAAAUGAGAUGAAGGUCCGUUAUACACAAGGCAAGAUUUGGAAACUAUUGGAAGGAAAAUUGUGCAAAAUGGAAGGUAGGACACGUCAAGGUGUCGAGAUAUUGCGAGAUGCCCGACGUCGGCGGCAAGAUCCGGACAUGGAUAGUAAACAUGAUCCGAUGGUUAAUGAAUUGGCUCAAUUACAAGCUUUGGCGGUGUACGAGAUGGGCUGGGGACAAUUAUUCUUGGGAGACUACUUUCAGGCAGCGGAGACAUUCCUUCGUCUGGAGCGAAUGAACAAUUGGUCACGAGCGUUCUAUCACUACAUUGCUACAUGCUGCAUAUUUGCUGACGAAGCAUAUGACAAGGCUGCUACCGAGUUUCUCAAAGUUCCGGCUUUGCUGGAUCGAAAGCGACAGUUGGGAGCGCGUCUAUUACCAAAUGAGAUCUUUGCUGAGCGAAAGAUCAAACGGUGGAAGGAAAAGGUCAGGGAACUCCAGAGCACAGAUACGAAUUUACAGUCGUGCAACUCUUUGGAUGGACAAAUGUUACGUGAGGUCGCGGUCGUUCAUCCACUUUGGGAAUUGAUUUAUUUGUGGAAUGGUACAUCCCAAUUGACAGAUGAAAUUUUGGGAUCAAUGAAGACCCGUUUGAGGUCUACCCUCCUUUGUCCAACUCCGAGUAGCCAAUGUGUACAACCUAGUCCUUCCGAACGAGCAUUCUUGUUGCUUUUACUAGGAGUUGUUGAACGCGAGCUUGGUGAUUUUGAGGCAUCAGCUGAAUUUUUGUUGGCCAGUGUUGCAAUGGAACCUCAGGUGGAAGAAGAUGUCUGGAUUAUACCCUAUGCAAUGUAUGAAAUUGCCGCACUUCGUUGCUUUGAGCCGUUUACACCCACAAGGGCCAAAGAGGCCAGAGAGUGGAUCAGAAGAUCUGAGCAUUUUUUUAGUAAACGGACGACAAACGAGGCUUCUAACUCUAACUCUAAUUCUUCUUCAACCCAUACUCCUCAAGAUCAAGGUGAUGCAGAUUGGGAAAGCAGACUUUAUGUACGGUGUCAGCUUUUGCUUGAAAAAUUGGAUGACAUGGCUGAUACUUGAACAGAAAAACAAAAAAAAACAAAACAAAACAAAACAAAACG